AUGGUCAUCAAAGUCGAGGUCGUCGAGCUGAAGUUUGCCAAAGUCAAGGUCGUCAAAGUCAAGGUAGCCGAAGUCGAGGUCGUCGAAUUAGAGGUCGUCAAAGUCAAGGUCGUCGAACUGGAGUUUGCUAAAGUCAAGGUCGUCGAAGUCAAGGUAACCGAAUUUGAGGUCGUCGAUUUAGAGGUCGUUGAAGUCAAGGUCGUCGAACUGAAGUUUGUCAAAGUCAAGGUCGUCGAAGUCAAGGUAACCGAAGUCGAGGUCGUCGAAUUAGAGGUCGUCGAAUUUGAGGUCGUCGAAGUCAUGGUCACCAAAGUCGAGGUCGUCGAGCUGAAGUUGGAAAGUCAAGUCAAGGUAAGCGAAGUCGAGGUUGUCGAGCUGAAGGUUGGCAAAGUCAAGGUCGUUGAAGUCAAGGUCGUCAAAUCAGAGGUCGUCAAAUUGAAGGUUGUCAAAUUGGAGGUCGUCGAAGUCAAGCUCUUCGACUUGAAGGUCGUCGAAGUCGAGGUCGUCGAGUUGAAGGUCGUCGAACCCGAGGACGUCGAAUGA